AUGGCCGAAAAGAUAUUUGAUGAACAAAACUUAGAUAAAGAGCUACUAUUUACUUUAGAAAGCAUAGAAAUUGAUAAUGAUGGAAAGCUAGAUUACAAAGAUCUCAAAUCUACUACGAUCGAGUUUUAUAAAAAAUUCGAUUUGCCACCUAUAUCAGAUAAAGAAUUUGACGAUGCAAUUACAAAAAUCGAUCCAUUUAAAACUAAAAAUAUUGAUUUAAAGAAAUACAAAGAAAUAAUUAGAAGGAAAAUCAUGCAUACUAUAGAAAAUUAA